UUGUCGAUAGUCGCAUUGUUUAGGCGGCCUCGUUUGUAUCGUAGAGAAAAUAAGUAUUCGUUAUUACUGUAUGGGUAAAUAAUAAAUAAUAUUAAUAAAAAAAAUUGGGACAUUAAAAUUUGUUAAUAACGCUUUUACAAUGGCUGGCAUUAUGCCUUUAUCUGGAAGACCCGGUAGAAAACAAUGGACGUUACACGGUGAUGGAAUACGUGGUUCCCUUAGACGAUUACGAUCUCAAAUGGCCGAGGAUGGAUGCCCAGAAUCUCAAGUAGUUUUAGCCAAACAACUUUUAGACGAAAGAUGUGAUUUGGAAGUUGAUAAAGAAGAAAAUGCAAAAUUGGGUGUUUAUUGGUUGACUAAAGCCUCGGAGCAAGGAAAUUUGGAAGCAACGGAAAUUCUUAAACAAUGUUUAGCUACAGGUCGUGGAAUCACAGAACAUAAUUACUAUGAUGUCAAAAAUUGUUUGGAUAUGACACAAGAUGAAAAAUUAGCUAAAAAAGCUGCAAGGGAAAUGUUUACUAGUUUAUCAAAUGGUGAGGAUUUUAUUACAACGGAACAACUACAAAGAUGUAUGAGGGAUGUAAUAUCUCCAUCUAGUAGUAGAUUCAGUAAUUGUCAGUCACCUAAGUCAUCAUCUAAUACUUCAGAUGAGAAGCUAAAUGAUGCUUUAAGUAAUAAGUUUACUAAAAAUGGGCUUCCUGAAGAUAAUACAUCUAUAAAAGAGGAAAGUAAAAUACACAAUGUAACUUAUGACUGGAUGGGUCAUCAAAGUGAAAAAAUAACUGAAGCAGCUUUAGUAUCUGCAGCUACAAGCUAUGCUCAUGGAAUGCUCCCGAUGGUUUCUCGUUCAUUGUGUAUGGUAGAUUCACCUGAAAUGGAAUUAGCUGCUAUUCCUCUUUUACAAAGACCAUUCAUUUAUCCGUUAGCAUCCUUAAAGUGUUUCUAUAUUUGGUUAAUAGAAAUAAUAGGCCAUAAAAGUAGACCGAUUAUAAAAGUUCUUUUCACAUCAAACAUACAUAUACUUCUAUUACUUUUGUUGUAUUCCUUGUUUGGAACAGAAAGUUUAAUACUUUUCAUUCCAAUGGCGCUCUAUUAUCUGUCUUUUAUUGUAAUGGUUAUUUCUACCUUCCAGAUGUUACACAGAAAGCGUAAAUUGAAUAAUUUCCGUGUAUGGUCACGCUUAUUCCUCAGUUAUUCAGGUGGUAAUCUAAAUCCUGAGGAGGCAGAGUAUCAAUUUUGUUGCAAUAACUUAAAGCCCUAUGGUCAUUUCUUUCUUGCUUUAUUGCUCAAUCUAAUAAUUUAUCCUGUGAUAACUCAUCAAUGGACACCACAAUCUGAAUUCACUAUUAUUUCUGUUACAUUAACAUUAGUGACAUUACUCAAUUUUAUGUGGAAUAAUUCAUCGAAUUUUCCUGAUCUUUUAGCUCUCUUUAGUUUUGGCGUGCAUGUACUUGCAAAAUAUCCUUAUGAAACAGAUAUUGUUGUUGCGCAAGGUUGGAGAUUCCUCGAUAUAAGAGUACCUACAUUUGCUUCCUAUGUUGUUGGUAAUGGCAUUGAAUUCUGCCUCAAUUUUCGUGUUGUUUUCUAUUUGUUGAUACCAGCAGUUUUUUGUAAAAUGGCUGCUAGAGAAAAUUGGCGUGGCACAUAUAAAACUUUAAUUCCUCAUUGUGUCACCCUAAGCUGGUGGCAAAUAGCAAUAUUUAGUUCACAAAGCGCGACAUGGUAUGGUUUAAUUAGGGGUGCUCUUGCAUUAGUCGGUAUGGUACUUUUUCUGCCAAUUGCUGGUUUAGCUUCCAUUAUUUUGCCAAUUAUAGCAGCUGCAAAGUAUUUAUCAGAAAGUGAUUUGGCAAUGAGAAUAAUUGUGACUGCCAUACUUGGAGGAUUACCAUUCAUUGCUUCUUGGUACAUAAGAAGAUUAAGAACUCCAAGAUUUAAUUGGAUCAUUACCGUUGUGCAGCUCGUUUUAGGCACAAGCGCUGCUAUAUUUCUAUCAUGGCAAGUGAUAACAGAAUAUAAAGAAGAUUCGGAUAACAAUUCAUAUGAAAUUGCAGCUACAUUAUCGUGGGAGCAAUACCAAAAUCAUUGUCAUCAACCUGCGUGGGAAGAUAUAUCAUCAAAGGCGCAAGUACAAAUUGAAUGUGCUCAUUUAGAAGGCAUUCCAAUCUCAUGGGAAGGUUAUGUAACAAAUGUUCGGUUAAAAUCAAUUAAAAACAAUAUUGGUACAAUAUUACGUAUGCUACCUGACAGUAUUAGAACUACAUUCAGCUGUACAUAUGGUGAACCGUAUAAAGAAAAUUGUGAUUCGUACGAUGAAAUACGUAGAAAAAAUUGUGAACACUUUGUAAAUAUUCAAAAGAAAAGGCAUAAGUGUCAUUUUCCUGAAUGGGAUCAAUAUGAAUUUGAAAUUUUUGUCAAAAUGAAAAGUGGUAUAUGGAGAAGCAAUGCAGAAAUUGUGCUCAUUGCAGAUCACUCGUUUACCAAUUUUAGUUUAAAUAUAUAUCCACGUGAUAAAAUUUGGUUUUCUGGCACACUAUCAAACACAGGUUUAGAAAAGGAAUCUUUACUUGGUGGUGGGAAACCUCAUAUUGAAUUAGAUGAGAUUAGUUGUUUAGCCUGUCAUUCUGUUGACCUUAAGUCUUUUAAACGACACAAAUAUCACAUAACAUUAAGUUCGAUAGUGAAUAAUUUCUGGCUUGGUAUAAAGACUGUUCUUAAUUUUCUACUAAAUCCUAUUGUUUUAUUCAAAUAAUACUAAUGCAUUCAUUACAGGGAAAAUAACUAUUGAUUUAAACUUUUUCAUUAAAGAAAAUUUGAAUUAUCACAUUUUUUCUUUUCAAGAAAGUAUAUAUAUAUAUACAAGUAUUGUAUAAAUGUAUUCAAAAAAUUAACAAACACUUUUUCAUUAAUACUUCGUAUGAAAACAACUUCACAAUAGUUAAUCUUUAUCCUAGAUAGAUCAUGAUAGUUGUACCCUGAAUAGCAAAAAUGAUAUAGAUAAGCGAACAUUUAAGCUUUAUUAUCAUAUUUUAUGUUACUUCAGUCGGUCAUUUUAAAUUCAUGUUUUAUUCUAAAAUAUCUAUUUUAUAAAAUCUGAAUAUAUAUUAUACACGCGCAUGCGCGCACAUACAUACACACACACACAUAUGCAUACAUACAUACAUACAUACAUACAUUCAUAUACGUAUAUGUAUUUUAAGAAUAACAUUUAUCCAUAUGCUUUACUGCCAUUAAAACAAAAUGGAGAAUAUGCUUAAUAUUUUUCUAUUACAUUUUCAGAAUAUGAACAAAACGAAAGUUCUGAAUUUAAUUCUUACAGAAAUAUAAAACCUAAUAAACGAUUUCAGUAAUGUUGUAUUGUAUCUUAGAUUAUAAAUACUGAAAUCUAAUUUAAUUAAAAUAAUUAAUACUAAUGGAAUAUUUUAAUUUUUCCAAAAAAUAGUGAUAGUACACAUUAACUAAAUUAACAACUAUUACUCAUUGAUAUGUAAAAUGGCAUUGAUAACAGAUGGAGAAACUAUGUAUCUAAAAUAUACAUCAAAAUAAUCUACAUAAUGAUAAAUUAUGACAACAUAUUAAUACAGUUACAUAUAUCUAAAUGUUAUAAAUACAUGGACAAAAAACCAAGCACUGUAUCAAGAUAGAAACAAAAAUUAAUGUUAUAUCGAUGUAAAUGUUCAAAAUGUGUAAGAUUCUAUAAGUAAUACAGAAACUACUAAGUCCAUAGAAAUAAUAACAUUACCAGCUGUAUCAUAUCAAAUAAUGAGGAUAAUGAAUAACAGAUAACACAGUAAAAAGAUAGAAUUAGAAGUGCCUUAAUAUUCUUUUGUUCAAAUAUUAAUUCAUUUAUAUAUACAAAAAAAAAAAAAAUAAUAAAACAGAAAAUAGAAAAUUAUGUAAUAUUUUAAAGAAUGGUCAUGGUUUUUUUUUAAAUAAUUAUUAAAGAACAUUGAAUUACGAGAAAAAAGGAAAAACUUGGCUUCUGCAAUUAUUAAUAAAUUUAUUUUACAUUUGGCAACAGAUUAUGAUACAUUAUUCUUUAAACAUUUUUUCAUUAACAAGAUAAUUAAUUGGUUUGGUUCUUUGUUUUCUUUAUUAAUUUCAUAUAAAAAAAAUUUUAUAAGAGAAAAAUACUCUAUAGUUAUUUCGUAUAGAUAAUAGUAUUCGUUUCACUUAUGUACAAAUAUAAAAUCUAUAUUAAUUAACUAUUUUAUUUACGCUUAAUCCGAAUAAAAAAAAAGGAAAGAUAAUGUAAAAUAAAGAAAAUCAUUUAUGUAAAUUAAAGAUUGAAUAUAAAGA